GGAAAAUAUAAAGGAGUUCAAAUUGGCACAUGUGCGAAAUAGCUUCUUGGGCAAGGAGUACACAGAUAUAAAAAUCAGAUGCUGGAGGUGCAAGGAGAUUACUGAUAUAGAGCAUUAUGAGGCCCAUCUGCAAAGUCACUUGGAUGACGGCGCUGACGGGGGAAAUGGCUGCUGGAGCGGGAGCGUAAGCGGUGCCCCUACAUGCCUCGUCACCGACACGACCCCUGGAAGCGUCUCAUGUAUAGGGGCAAUCCUACAAGCUGAUUCGACAGACCCGCUCAUUCAAGCUCUAAGCCCAUUCUUCAAUAAACGAAUUAACGUAGCAAAUAGAGACGAAUUCGUAAAAGCUGUGAGGGAGAACCAACUGAACACGGAUAUACACAGUGUGCAUCUGUUGUUUGGGAAAAGGGCCGAAAGGGAAACCCCAAAUGGGAGGGAAGCCGGGCCUGGAAGUUUAUAUGGAAGCCAAAGUAGGAACCCCAAGUUGUGUCGAAGUAGUAACCCAUGUGAACAACACAGCGAAAUGAUCAACAUGGAUGACAUCACAUGGGACGCGUUCAUCCUUCUGCAAAUAAAACGGGAUAAAAAGAAGCAAAUUUGUAAAUCUGACGUGAGAGACGACGAUAAAGCAUACAGUUCUAUGUUUCCCUCACCAAAUGGUGACCCGAAAGGAGAGGAGAACAUGGAUUACUCCCCCUCGGACAAGAAGGAUCAACCUACGAAACGUAGCAGGAGGGACAUCAUAUACACAUUAGACAAUUUUGAAGCUUACCAAAAAAGGAAAUUAAAAAAAAAUAAAACGAACAAGUAUUUUUAUGUCCUCCUCGAGUACAACGAGAGGGGGUUGUUUUUCACCCCCAUGAAAAAUAUUCCCAUGUUUAAAGACAUGCAUAUGGAAAGGAGUGUCAUUUAUAGGGGUGGAGACAAGCGUUGGGAUGGGAAUGAUAUGAGGGAGAACAAAAGGGACGACUCCCCAUCACCCGACGAGCAGUUAAUUGACAUCCUAGGCAAGCUGAAUGAAAAAAUAAAAUCCAAAACUUACCAUAAGUAUCUGUACAAUGCUGUUCAUUUAUUUCAUGAGUUUUCAAAUUGGUACUGCAGGAUAGAGCAGAGCGAUACAAAAAUUGCUGUAAAAAGAACCCAUUUUAAAAAGAACCAAUUGGAAGAUUUCGAACUCAUGCUUCUACUCUUUUAUUUGAAAUAUGAAUGUACAAUGCCGGAGAUUGUCGACUACGGUUCUAUGUACUCGUGUGCAGCUUUUUUAAACAAAGUGAUCAGCUCCUCGAAAGAAACUCACCAAGCUGUGUUCGUGACGGAUGUAUACACAUAUAGAGAGAAUACAACCACUCGGGGGAAGCACCGUCUGGGGGGGGAACAAACAAAUAAGUCGAAUUCGCUUGCUGGCAUUUCCAGCGUAUCUUUACGAAAGGCAGAUAUGAACGUUCAAUUUGUGCUCCGCUUGAGGCGGGGGAGACCAACUGCACGUGGACAGCAACAGGCAGAUGUAGGGGCGGGCGUAGACCAGCAUCAAGUGAAGGCACAACGCAGCGGACAGUUGCACGAUUAUGAUGACGUCACAGAUUUAUGUUACCUCCUGCUCUGCUACUCUGAAAUGGGAUUCCAGUGGGACGUAAAUGAAUCCCUAGAAUUUUCAAAAACGAAAAAAAAUAUGCCUUACAAGGAGAUGAAUGUCUUCUUUACUAUCGACAAAUUGAUACUCUGCCUUUUCAACGUGCGAAGAAAGAAAUACAACCCGUUAUUUUGGAACUCCGCGCACCUGCUGCAGUACCUUUUGCACUUCUGCGCCGACUGA